CAUCGGACUGUUAGGCGGAUCUUGACAAAAUUCUGGAUGCUUGUGCUGAAUGUUUCUCUUUUUCCAAAUUCUCAUUCAGACAGGGGAUAAGCAUGGCUAAAGCCUCUUUCUAAACCCUAAAACUUCCGAUGGCGAUGGUUUCAACACUUACCUCUACAUACCCAUCUCCCAAACUUUCUCGGCAUUCGAUUCCAAUUCCAAGAACGACAUCAAAGUCUAUCCAAUCACGUAAUUCUUCUACAGCGCUCCCUGCUAAGAAGAAAUUGGGAAUUUUUUCAUUUGGUAGAAAAAAUCUAGGGUUUGUUGUAAAAUCAACAUCCAGUGAUGGAGAAGGAGAACAGGUAGAGAGUUCUACGUCAAAAGAUGUUAAUAAUGAAGCCGAAAUACAAGCGCGAGGAGAGAGCACGAUGCCUGAAAGGUUUAGAUACUUGACCAAAGAAGUUCCCGAUCCUCCUAUUAGAUGGCCUUAUUUUAUAGCACUGGGUUUCCUCAUCUAUGCGUGGAGAACAGUCAUAUGGGAACUUUACAACUGGAAAAGAGCUGCAACAUCUAUACUUCAAUUUCUUGGAAACCUUUCAAAGCUAUUAUUAGCUCUCAUAUUCCAUUUCAUAGGCGAUCCAAUCACUUCAAUAAUUAGAGCCAUUGAAACUACCUUUUACACCCUUCGAGCAUUCUACUCUCAAAUAGUAGCAUACACUCCCAUUCCCGAGCUUUCAACAGUAAUCAUGUUGACUUCAAUCAUACUUGCCAUCAGUGAAGUUGCAUCUCCAACUUCAGUAGACAACCAAUGGCAUUUGUUAACAGUUUCUGGCCUCAUCGGCUACUUUGCUGUGAAAGGAAUGAUUGGAGACCUUCCUUUUUGGACUAUUCUUUUUGGGUUAUUUUCUUAUUCUCGUUUUAUCAAAAAGAGAGAUUAUGUCUCCUCUGUAUUGCCCGUUGCAGCAGUGUUAGCAGGUGUAGGAGAGCCAUGGGUUAGAGUGGUGGUGAUGGGUGGCUUUUUGGGUUUGUCUGUGUUUCAGUACUCAAAGAAUCAGCCUGAAAUAGAAGAAAGUGAAGGUGUUGCUACGACAACAGGGGACAGAAGGGUUCCUGUUCCUUUAUUGUGUGCAGCAUUAGCCAUUGGUAUACGUGUUGCUGCUAGGUGGGCUGGAUAUAGGCAUUUGACAUGGAUGGUGGUUUGAGAGGUCUGUUUAGUUCAGUUUUGAAUACUAGAUGUAAAGGUAUGGAGUUCAUGCUCUUGAGGCUUUGGAUUUGUUUAAUGGGAAAGUGAUUAUAUUGUUACUUAGCUUGUUGGAUUUGAUUAUAUUUGCUCCUAUUGGAGUUAAUAUUCGAGGCAAAUUGUUGUUUAAUGUUUUUCA